AUGGCAGACAAUACCGAAGAAUCGACCAAACAUUUCAGAGACGGUACCGACGUUUAUACAAAGCUCUGGAAGACCACUUCCGAGCCAGUUGCCCAUAUCUUCUUUCUUCAUGGAUUUUCCGAUCACUGCAAUGCGUAUUAUACAUUCCCGUCAUUUAUGGCCUCCCGUGGAAUUGAGCUAUUCUCGUUCGACCAGCGCGGCUGGGGACGUACUUCUCCCUUGAACAGCCAAUAUGGUCAUUCCGGUGGAACGUCACAAAUACUAGCCGACAUUGACGACCUACUCUCCAGCCGACUAGCAGAGCGCCCGAAUAUUCCUUGUUUCCUGGUUGGCCACUCGAUGGGUGGUGGUAUUGCAUUAACUUACGCACUCCAAGGUAGCCACAAAGAUAAACUCGCAGGAACUAUUGUGUGGAGUCCUAUGCUUGAGCUUGCAGAUAAGCCGCUGGCGCUUGCGGUCUACGCUGGCAAGUUUGGGGCUAGAAUUAUGCCAAAUAAGCAGAUGGUGCAGAAGUUGCCAGCGGAAUACAUGAGUAGAGACAAGAGCGUUUGUGAUGAUUUUGCCAAUGAUCCGCUGUGCCACGAUACCGGUACCUUAAUUGGUAUCUCAGAUAUGUUAACUCGUGGAGAGAAUCUUAUGAAAGCCAAUUUCAGCGCCGGCUUUACACCCGAUAAACCUAUCCUAGUCUUGCAUGGUUCUGGUGACAAGGUUACAAGUCACGAUGCUUCCAAGAAGUUUACCGAAGACUUGUUGAAAAUCAAGGAUAAAACAUUCUCCUCAUACGAUGGAUGGUAUCAUAAAAUGCAUGCGGAACCAGGCGAGGAUAGGAUAACAUUCGCGACGAAUGUUUCGGACUGGAUUCUCGCUAGAGCCACUCCUGGGGCAACAUCGAAAUUGUAA